CGUGGGUUUAAGUUUGCCGGGCGGGUUUCAAGGGCUUGACUCAGAGCCAGGCCCUCUCUGCGGUGCCCUGGCCGCUCGCUCCGCCGCGGGUCCGUCCGGGGGCUCCAGCAGCAGGCGUGUGGCCACCCAGAACACAGGGCACUAUGUCACUUGCAUCCUGGUUCAGGUGGAAUGAGCCCCCAAACCGGAUUUCCCAGAGGAACCCCACAGAGAUGGUGGCUGAGACGCUAAUGAUGGAGCUAAGUUGGCAAAUCAAGCAGGCAGAGAAGCAGCAGCGAGAGCGAGAGAAUGAGUAUCGCAAGAUCAAGACUGGAGUGGAUUAUGGCUGGCUGGUCAGCUAUCCAAAGCAGAACUAUGAUAUCAGCCCAGGAGAACGUCUACAGCUGGAGGAUAUGUGUAGCAAAAUCCAUCCUUCCUACUGUGGGCCUGUCAUAUUAAGAUUCCGGCAACUCAUUGCAGAGUAUGAACCAGAAGUGCAGGAAAUAUCACGACUCUUCCGCUCCGUCCUGCAGGAAGCUGCUGAGAAGAUCAAAGAGGAGGAAGAGGCCAAGAAGCUUGCCAGGCAAUGGAACACAAAGAACAAAACCAGCCUCUCCUUAACAACGUUUAAAUCCCGGUCCAGGAUUUCCCCAUUCAUCAGUGACAUCAAGACCAUCUCUGAGGAUGUGGAACGGGGCACCCAGCCUACUAGGAGGGUUUGGAGCAUGCCAGAAUUUCGGAAUGCCAAGGAUUACUGACUCUAUCCAGAACAAGGUUUUUAGACAGUGAUCUUUUUAACUCCCUGUUAACCCUUUUUUAUCUCUGCCAUUUCUUCUUUGUUCCAGCUCUCUCUUCCUGUCUGCCUCUCUUGGAAGUUGUGUCCAUAGUAACUGCUGCCAACACAUGCAGUCUGUGACACAAUUUAUUACCAAACAUGGUAGCCUUUCCUUUAAUUUAGUAGGAUUCAGUAACCUUAAGGGCAAGGGUCACUAUCUCAUUUUUAUUAUGGCUUUCUUGUGGGAGAUGGAUUAGUUUUGUGAUGUCUCUCUUACCCUCCUCCCUCCAGCCUGCAUGUAGUUAUCUACAAAAAGUUUUGGCCCAAACUAUGGAGAGCUGCUGGCUGCAGCAGUCUUGCUGAAAGUGAGGAUGUUGCUUGCAUGAGUAAGGCUUGCAGGAUCAGGCCUGUGAGUUGUUAGAACCAAACUUUCCUAACUAAUAACCUUUGUUAGUGCUACAGGAGACUUUUCACAUGUAAAUGCAAAGCACUGCUUUUGACCAGCGCUUUUUUUUUUUUUUUUUUUUUUCUGAUAAUCAUUUAGCAAUCAAACUGGAGUAGACACAGGCCCAACCUUUUUGAGAUAGAGAACCAACAUUGUUUCACAGCAACCAGUUUCUGCAUGCUCAGGUUUCUUGGGUAUUUUCUUUUUUUGUGCAGGCAAACACCCCCAAACCUGGCAUGUGCAGAUUUCUAUCUAAUGACUUGCUGUGUAGGCACACCAGCAAAUACAUCAGUGCUGUGUCAAACACACUGCUCGGUCCUUGGUGUUCUGUUAUUAAGUAAGUGCUCCACCUCAUGUCCUAGUAAUAGCCCAGUGGGCCAAAAUUAGUAUUUAUCACCAAGCUUGAAAGAGCAGUGGAGUACAAUGUCAUUGUACAGAAGAGAAGGGUGAAGGGAAUCGGCAGUCACCUACAAGGCUCUUUGUACAGGCCAGAGAAUUGAGGUCACUUUAACAAGCUGCUGCUCUGAGCUACUGAAGGGCUCUAGUGGAUGAAGGUCUGUUCCAUAAUCCUUCCCUCAUGAGUGCUCAGAAGGAAGCUUUUCUGUGUAUCAGAGGCUGUUGGCCAGUGACCUGAUACUAUUACAGGAGAUUCACUCUUCAAUACAAACCAAGUAGCCAAUAGGCCAGCACAGUUCUGAAAUGACACUUCAAGGAAACAGGAAAAUGCCACUAAAGAUAAUUUAACUCAGCAUCCUUAGGGAGAAAUCUCACCAGAAAAGGAAGGGAAAGAGCACUCUGAAAAUCAUGGUUCCUGUAGAGAAGCUAAGAGCUCGUAUGCUUUGUGGUGACCAGCAGGAGCUGGAAAAGGAAGAGCACCGUGUAUGAUUAGCUUUUGAAGAGUCAUCCCAGUGGGAUAUAACCUUCUGGAGGACCCCCUAGCGUUGUUGUUCUUUUGCCUGGUUCUGACUCUUUUCCCUGGGGCUCUUUCUUUGCAGCAGCAUGUGGGUACUACAACCAAGAUAAAACACUUUGAGGCUGUGCCAACCCUGGGAUGAAUUCCAGCACUUGAAAUCUAUCCUAGACUAUAAAUCUACAGUUUCUUCCAGUGGUGGGGGAGGGUACCAUAAAACAAAAAUCAAGAUUAAAUCCUUAACAGCUCUCUUAGGCUGUGGGGUUCUGCUCUUCCUCUUUCUCUUCUGGGCAAGCCAAGCCUGAACCUGUGGCUUUCCCACUGGCACCAGGCUGGAGCUUCUAGUCCCUUGAUAAACACUGCUGCCAGCAGCCCUUCUGUGGACAUGAAGCAGAGGCCAGUCUUCAUCAAAAACUCAGGGCUUCCAUUUACAGCAUCCAGUUUGGGCUAGGGCUACUUCAACUCCAGGUCAGUGAGAGAGAGUUUAAAGCCUUCUGACAAUCAGCUUGGUGUUUUUCAGCUGCAUGUCCUUGUGCGGUAAUAUGUGACUGUGUAGAUGAAGUAAAAACAAAAGUCUGUCAUAUUUAGCAGAGUCUUAGCUAUUUAGAAGCUUUAAAAUAAAAAAGCAUUCUUGUUUUUAAAAAA